CGACUGGCAUAAGAUGACCCGAAGAAGAUGAGAUGCCGGGGACAGUAGGAUAGUAGGACAUUCAAGUUGCACACCACUGAUACUGAAAGUGGCCUCCUGCUUACAUGUAUUGGACACACUUUUAUUUGUUUCCUUGAGGUCUAUUGAGAGAAGGACUUUUACCCUGACCUUUGUGCCCACAUGCAAGCUGUUAUUGUAUUUGAUAAAGGAUUAAUCAUUACAAGGCAGAAAUUUGUGCCCACAUUUUAGUGUGGUUGUGUGCCUCUGGUUUAUACCAUGGCAGRCACUUCACGUCACUGUAAAGCUGAYUUCAAGAGCAUGCAUGACUGGAGAGCGGCUCAGUUAUGAUUUUAAUGAUAUGGUUUUGAGGAACAUYUUUAGUCAUUUUGUCUCCAGUGAAGCAAUAUCCUGUGUAUUUUGACAGAUAUGAUUCCCUUGCAUAGCUACAGUGUGACUGUUGGGCCUGAGUUGAUAUGAUACUGCUAGAUUUGACAGCUGAAGUGUUCCAACUGUCAAGGCUGUGUCUGAUUUCUAGCUCUGCCUGAUGCAGUGACGGAGAGGUUCAACUCUCAGCUGCAAUGUUAUAUCAAUGUCCAGUAUAACAUUUGAGUUGUUACAGAGCAACUAUAUGAGGGCCAAAGAGAACUCCAGGGAAAUGCUACAGUACAUAGAGGGAGAGCUACUGAGAGCMUGAGGGUUCCUCUUGCAUAAUGUACACUGUAGACUAGAGCCUGUUUUAUGACCUCAUUCUUAACAUCCACACAAUAAAGACCUGGACAAUCUCGGCCCAUUGAAUGAAUAGCUCUUCAUACAGUUAUGUUAGGUUGUACUGUACAGUAGCCUAUAUUUCUCCCACAAACACAUCUAUUUGUAUAGCUCUAUGGCCAUAAAAAGCCCUCACCCAAUCUGUCCAAUAGGGUUUGUGUCUGUCUGCCUCAGGUGUCUAGCAGAAGAMGCUGAAUAUAACCAGCAAGUUACAGCAUUUGUAAAUGUCAUCUCAGGAAGUCAUGUGUGAACAAAACAUUAGUUCCAGGAAAUGACUUGCCAACCACAAUGCACUAAAUGCUUGACACAUACAGUAGCUUGAGUAGAGUUUGUCACCUAGUUGUUGUCACUGCUUUUAAACAUUUUAGGUUGGUCUACAUUUGCCUGCACAUUUAAACUGGAGUUUAAUGAUUCUUCUGUCCAUAUCUUGAACAUCCAAGAAUCUGGAGGCACAGGUUCAGCAUCCACUACCAUGGUGAACCAAGACCCCACCAACCCCUCCCAUGCCCUCUUUGACCAGUUUGUCCAGACCCAGACCUGUAAGGAGGUGCAGCGUACCUUCUCAGAGCUCUGCCACCACCUACAAUUGGACCCCCGGGACUACCAGAGAUUCUACACCAAGCUCAAGGAGAGGCUCAACUACUGGAAGGCCAAAGCUCUCUGGAUCAAGCUGGACAAGCGAGCCCAACACCAAGAUUACCAGCAGGGCAAAGUCUGUGCCAAAACCAAGUGCCUGGUGCUGGGUGCAGGGCCGUGCGGGCUGAGGACAGCCAUAGAGCUGGCUCUGCUGGGGGCUCAGGUGGUGGUACUGGAGAAGAGGGACUCUUUUUCCCGGAAUAACGUACUGCACCUCUGGCCUUACACCAUCUAUGACCUGCGUGGGCUGGCUGCCAAGAAGUUCUACGGCAAAUUCUGCACUGGGGCUCUGGAUCACAUCAGCAUCCGUCAGCUCCAGCUGAUACUACUGAAGGUGUCUCUCCUCCUGGGGGUGGAUGUUAACACUGGGGUGGAAUUCAAAGGCUUUGUGGAGCCCUCAGAAGCCACAGGCUGGAUGGCCAAGCUGUAUCCUGACGAUCACCCUGCUGGGAAGUUCCAGUUUGAUGUCUUCAUCUCUGCAGGAGGAGGACGCUUUGUCCCUGAUGGCUUCAGGUGGAAGGAGCUGCGAGGAAAGCUGGCCAUCGGCAUCACAUGUAACUUCAUCAACCAUCACUCAGCAGCCGAGGCCCAGGUGGCAGAGAUCAGUGGUGUGGCCCGCAUCUACAACCAGAAGUUCUUCCAGGACCUGCUCACAGAGAAAGGUAUUGAUCUGGAGAACAUAGUCUACUAUAAAGACGCCACCCACUACUUUGUCAUGACUGCCAAGAAGAAGAGCCUGUUAAAGAUGGGGGUCAUUAAACAGGACUUCAGCGACGCCAAUCAGCUCCUGGGCCAGGCCAACGUGGACCAGGACGCCUUGUUGCGUUACGCCCACGGCGCUGCCCACUUCUCCACAGGCCACCGCCUGCCCAACAUGCAGUUUGCCCUGAACCACGCUGGCCAGCCUGACGUGGCCAUGUUUGACUUCACCUGUAUGCACCGUGCUGAGAACGCCUCGCUAGUCAGGGAGAGGAAAGGAAAGAAACUACUCAUGGGCCUGGUCGGAGACUGCCUGGUGGAGCCAUUCUGGCCUCUGGGAACAGGUAUUGCCCGUGGGUUUCUGGCUGCCUUCGACACAGCGUGGAUGGUCAGGAGCUGGGGCAAGGGAAAACCCCACCUGGAGGUCAUUGCUGAACGGGAGAGUAUCUACCAGCUCCUGUCCCAGACCACGCCAGAGAACAUCAGUAAAAACUACAGUGCCUUUAGCAUAGACCCGACUACACGCUACCAGCACGUCAACCUCAACUCCAUCAAGACCAARCAGUUGCAACAUCUGUAUGAUGUUGAAGACCAUAUUGAUUUGGGCCAACCAACCAAGAAGCAGAAAGGCAGGUUGUCUCACCUGCGACAAGAUUCAGUUGGAGCUUUUGAGGAGCUGUUGAAGUGGUGCCAGCAGCACACGGCAGGGUACGACAGGGUGAAGGUGAAGGAUCUGACCCAGUCCUGGAGGUCUGGCCUGGCCUUGUGUGCCCUCAUCAACACCUUCAGACCCCAUCUUAUUGACAUGUCCUCUCUGAAGGAGUCUGAUUCGGUCCACAACAAUCAGCUGGCCUUCAGCCUCCUGGAGGAAGAGCUGGGCAUCCCUCCCAUCAUAUCAGCCAGUGACAUGGCCACCAAGGAACAGAUAGAUAAGCUCUCCAUGGUGCUCUARCUCACACAGAUCCACGAUGCCUUCAACGAAAGGACGCCCACUAGAGCAGAACCCCCGAGCCUUCUCCUGACACCGUCCAAGACCCUGUCUUUUCAGGCUGUGUUCUUCCUCAACAAGCUCAAGCACAACUCUCUGCAAAGACGCAAGGAGAGACUGGCAGCCGAGACAGAAGAAAAAGAUAAAAGGGAGACAGAAGAAAAAGAUAAAAGGAUGAGGAUGGGAGAUGAGGAAGAUCCUGUAGCCCCUCUCGCAGCCCCUGAGGUGACCCCUGACCCUGAACUAAGCCCGACGUCAAUGAACAACGAGGAGUGUUACUUCUGCGGCCAGCGGGUCUAUGUGCUGGAAAGGAUCAGUACUGAGGGCAAGUUCUUCCACCGUAGCUGCUUCACCUGCCAGCAGUGUGGCACCACCCUCAGACUUGGCAGUUAUACCUUUAGCCAGCACACGGGGAAGUUCUACUGUGAUCUGCACUCUGAACAGCUAGAGAUAGAGAACAGGGAACAAUCCCCAUCCGUUAAGGAUAACAUCGGAGAUCACGAGGAGGAGAAAGGUGUGAAUUCGAUCACCAGUGAAGACCCCUCACCUUGUCCCUCUGAGGACGAUGAGUACUAUCUAGACUCGGGUCCUCCUAAACCCAUGGAGCCUCUGCAUCCUCCGAGUCAGGAAGACCCCAGUAGCAAACAACCUAACCCUGUAGAGGAGCCCCCUGUCUCACCAAAACCACCCAUAGACAUUUUCAUAAAGAAAGGGUUUGAGGACUGUGAGGUGGAGGAAGAGGGGAAGGAGGGGGGUGAGGAUGCCCCCUCGGAUCCUCUGACCCCUGUCCCAAAACCUCGCCAAGCUCGCUCGGCCAUCCCAAACCCUCAGACCUCCCCUCCUGUACCCAAACCACGCACCGUCCUCCUCACCCCAAAAAGGGACACGUCACCAGCCCAUGUAGGGGAGAAGGGGUCCUCCAGGGCAGCAGGAGAGAAAGGGACCCCCAAGGCAGCCCCUGACUCCAGGCCGAAGCCAUCCCUGCGGAAGCUGCAGCUGACCGACGAGGAGAAGAACCACCUAGUCAACUUGAGCUUCAGCCUGGACUCUGACUCGGAGACACCCGGUUCUUCCUCCUGCUCCUCUUCCUCAGCCACAGCAGGGGGUCCCUGCCCACCCAAACCCCCAGGUGCAGACGGCCAGGAGGAGGAGGGCUACUGGAGUGGGGGCCCUGGCGCGGGGGGACACAUACGGGAGCACAGGAACCGCCGCUGCUUCAGGAGGAAAGAGGAACCAGCGGAGGGCCAGGGUCAGCACGCCAGGGUCCGCUCCAAGUUCUCCCCCUGGAACUUGUCCUCCCCUCGGCUGGGGAGGGACCAACGCUUCAGCGUCCUCAACAGCCACCCAGAAGUACACCAUGGCCACAGUGUAUCUGAGGAAGAUGGUGCUGAUGAUGAUGAUGAGGAGGAGGAGGAUGAGUUGGAUAUGUUUGCACCAGAUGGCUUGGAUUUAUAUGAUGAUAAGUUCCAGACCAUCCCUUCAGACCCUGUGGAGGCUGAGAAACUGGAGCUGUUGAAGAUGAGGACAUUGGAUCGACGGGCCAAGACGUGUGAGAUGCAGCGCUUCCACAAAGCACAGUCUAUUCAGAGACGCCUGGAGGAGAUUGAGGUGACGUUUAAGGAGCUGGAGGAUAAAGGUGUGGUGUUGGAGCAGGUACUCCGAGGAGAGGAAGGCAGUGGAGGUUCCCCUGAGAUGAUCGACCAGUGGAUCCAUCUGGUCCAUCAGAAGAACGCCUUGGUCUCUGAGGAGUCAGACCUCAUGGUGGCGUCUCGACAGCUGGAGUUGGAGGAUAAACAGAGCAUGCUGGAGAUGGAGCUCAGACAAUACAUGGAGCUGGAUGACUCUGAGAAGACGGCAGAGCAGCAGGGAGAAGAGGACCGUGUGCUACAGGAGAUGCUGGAGGUGGUUGACAUGAGGAACUCUCUGGUGUCCUUCCUGGACGAGAAGCGACUCAAGGAGAUCGAGAGUGACAAGCAGCAGGCCAUCUCGCUGCUAGAGGCCAAGAGACACUCCACAGCCUCAGCAGGGGCACAGGUGCACUGGGCGUGAGGGUGACACACACACACAUAUAUAUAUAUAUAUAUAUAUAUAUAUAUAUUUAUAUACAUAUAUAUAUA